UGAAUUGUAGGUGUCGUCUAAAAUUACACUUAUAUGUUAACAAUGCUGUGUCAACCUAUAAUUGGUAUAUAUAUUAGAUUUAAACCUAACUGUAAUUUACUGAAGUAAGUUGAAAUAUGUAUGCUGUUGGUUGUCCAUAUGAAAUAAAUAAAUAAAUUAUUAAAUAUUACCUAUUUAUGAAAUUAUUAAAAACGCGUGGACAUCCUACAAAACUACUAAGACAGAGAUGAAGAGUUACUAAUUUACUCUCUCACUCUGCCCGUUUUUAAUGAAACACUGCACAAUCCAGUUUAUUUUGACAUUCGUGGUAAUAAUAGUCAAGAUCGAUUUUUAAUGUGUUCAAUAUUCGAUGAUCUUCAUAUCAAUUUAAGUCAUAAAAAAUCGAUUUACAAUGAAAUUGUAUCGAGAUCGGUUAUUUGGAAUCUCUAUUUUACAACUAUAUUUUACUCUUUGUCCAUUUUUUUUUUGUAAUGAAUGUAGUUCAAAGAGUACUUUAUAUGUAGUUUUUAUUAAUUUGCUGGAAAGGAAGGUUGAGCGAGCGAAACGAAAUAUUCUACACCUAAAUAUUUCUUAAUUUUAUUACAAUGAAACAUAUAGGUACUAACAAUUUGAGUACAGUGAAGGAAAUGUUGCUUGAUGAACGCCGAUUAGUUACAUACGUAUCCCUCAGUAAAGAACUUUGUAUUCAUGUGAACGAAAGCAAGUCUUUACUUACAGAAAUUCUGAAAGAACUUCGACAAAAUCCUAAGAAAAUAGAUCUUAGUGUUAACCACAUAAUAUCUGGACUGCUUGAUGAUAACAGAGCACAUACAGCCGUUUGUAAUGAAACUGAAUUAUCAGAACUUCAAGCAAAAUUUAAAAAAGUUUUCUUCCAGCAUUUGUACAGUUUAUGUGUGGGGAAUCCAUCAGUAGACAAUGUGUCUUUAAUGAUGGUAAAUAAAUUUGAAGAUUUUCCUUUAUGUACCGGUUUAAUAAAAAGUAACCUGUGUCAAAGAAAAUCUGCCGAAGAAACACGAAACUCGAAAAUAAAUAACCAAGAUAUAAUACCAGAAGAAAAGUCUUCUAUCGUUGUAAAGACAUAUGUUAAGCAAGAAAUAAAAAAUGAAAGAAAUUCCAGUUCUGAAGGUAAUACAAUUAUUAAAACUAAUCACACAACUGAACUUAAAAGUAAAACGGAGUUACAACAAUCACCCAAGAAAAGUAUAUCAAAUGGUAGUUCACAAAAGAUUCAAAGUAAAAAUACUAAUAAGAACCAAAAAGGGAUAGCAGGAUUCUUUAAUAAAGGUGCUAAUACUUCAGCUAAAAAAUCUAUGAAUGGCACUCAAGAAAAUACUAUCAACAAAACCAAUAAUAUCAUUAAAACAGAGAAAAUGGAUGUUGAUGAAGAAGCAGAUAAAUUUAAAAAGAAUGGAGAAGACAACACUUCUAAAUUAGAAUUUAAUAAUGUUGAGCAGAUAAAAAAGACUGCUAAAGUAGAUAAGAAACGAAAGAGAAUACAACAUGUCUCAGAUAGUGAAAGUGAGGAGGAGAAAAAAGAUCCUCUUGAUGAGGAUCUUUUUAUUGAACCAGACUCUGAAGAUGAGAUUCCACCUACUCCAUUAGUAAAUACUGUUAAAAUUAAUUCAGGGUUUGUGAACCCUAAAAAAAGGCGAAAGAUUGUGGAUAAGACUUACACUGAUGAGGAUGGCUAUAUAUUAACCAAAAAAGAAGAAAUCUAUGAAAGUUGCUCAGAUAAUGACGAAGAAAUUAAUGUUAAAGAAAAUAUUCAAAAUGUUAGAGUUGUUCCUAAAACAAUUGAAACUUCUCCCAAGGAGAAAAAUAAUGGUAUUAAAAAUAGUAAGAAAAAAACUAAUUCUCCACAGAAAGGGAAACAAGUAACAUUAAUGAACUUUUUUAAAAAAGUGUAAUCUGUUUCUGUAAAUCAGUUGAUAGUGGUUUUAAAAUAUGGAAUGAUGUACAUGCAUAGAUGAAAAUGAGUUAAAAUUUUUGUUUGAGGAAUUAUUAUUGAUAUAUGUGCAAGUGGCAAUAUGGUUCUUACUUACAUUUUGGAAAAAAAGAACAAUAUUAAUCAAUAGAAAAUAAAAUUAUAUCAACUGUUUUUAUAAAAAUGAAUAUUAAGUAUUGAUGUUUGAAUUAAAAUUAGACAUAGGCAAGCAAGAAUGUAGUAACCUGCAAAACCAAUAUUGUUCUUCAGAGCAGAAUAACUUUGUAUUUCUUAUAAAUAAAGAUCCCAAGAACAUCUAUGGUAACA